UGCUCAGUGAUAGGCUGUGAGUGAGAGGUUAUAAAGCUGCUAAGAGCUCAAUUCUCAGUGUCAGUGUCCUGUGUCAUCACGAUGGAGGUGUCACAAGCGGCACUCUACUUGCUCUUGCUCUACUGCUUCUCUGUCUCUUCUUUUGCAGAUACAACUUGUAAGCGUGAAUGCAGAGGUGCUGGAGGUCCAUUCCUGCCUGGACAGGUUUACAAAUACUACCUGGAAGGAUCAACAGUAACCCAGCUCCCCGGCUCAUAUAAUGAAAUCACUUCACUUGGAAUCUCUGCCACUGCUGAAGUCUUUGCCGAAUCCAAGUGUCAGCAUGUCCUCAAAUUGUCUGAUGUACAAGUGAAAGGAUCUGAUGGGACACAAUACAAUGGGCUAAGUGCAGACUGUGCCAAGCCAAUCAGGUUCUCGUACAGUGAUGGAAAGCACGAGCUCCUCCCGUUUGCUGAUGAUGAGGGAGUCAGUUUGAACAUCAAGCGAGCUGUCAUCUCUCUCUUGAGUUCAGUCAAGAACCAGGAUGGAGGUAGUGGGUCUGCUAGUGAGGUCAGUGUUUAUAAUUAA